UUCUCGCGGGUAGUGCCACACCUUCUUCACUCUGCACAGUGCACACCAUGGCUUCUGAUUCCCCUCGCAACCGCAUCAAUCAGUUUUAUGCUUCGAAGAAAAGGAAAGCCGUUUCACCUCUUUCUAAAGCUGGGAGAUCCGAAAAGGGUGCAAGGAAUGUGGUUGAUUUGUCUCCGAGUGCCAAAGGCACUUUGGAGAGUUACUUGGUCACGUCGCAGGAUUGUUGUGGUGGCCGCGACGGCGACGCCGGGGUGUCGAAUGCUGUCGCCACCGCUCAUUCGGCUCGGCUCGAUUCGGUUAAGAGAAAUUUAGCAUCACAGAUUGAUGGUGAUGGUUCCCUUGGCAAUGAAAUUAACGAGCUGGUUGAGGAUCAUGUCAAGGAAAACAGUUGCAGCGAGUUUGGAAAGGGUGUGGGGAACUCGGAGCUGAAACGGUUUAAAGUGGAUUUUUUGUCUCUGUAUUGCGGUGAAUUGCACCGUAGCAUGGAUUCACCUGAGAUGAAAAUGGAUGACUGCGUGAGACAUGGUUCUGUGACUUCGGUAGAGGAAAACAGUUGUGUACUGACGAAGCGCGAUGAGACUGCUGGUGAGCCAUGUUUUGAUGGUGGAAAGGGAUCGUCGAGUGAAAAGAUCCCUGAGGAUGUCAAGUCUGGUGUUGUUGGUAAUACUUUGCCAUAUGUUGUUGGCUCUUCUACGAAGGUUUCUUGUGGUGGUGAUGCUAUUGCCCCGGAGGCAAGCUUCCGAAAAUGCAGUAAUACUCCUAAAUCUUCUAUGAACAUGGCUGAGUGCUAUACGCCGGGAUCUUUGAUUGUUAAAGCAUGUGUUAAGGAGACUCCAAAGUCAACACGUGGCAGUUCGAUGUUUUCGCCUGGAGAAGCAUUUUGGAAUGAAGCGAUUCAACUUGCUGAUGGUUUGUCUGUUCCUGUAGCUAAUGAUGAUUCUAAUGUUGUAGAAGAAAGUAAUGUGGUGGAAGAUGAACUUGAGGUGAAGAACUCAUGCAAUUUACAAAACCGUGAUGGCAAGCCAAGAAAAAUAUUGGAUCAAAGUAAAACCAGAAUCUGGAACAGGGACAUGGGUACUUCUUUAGGGUUAGUUGGGAUGCAUACAAAAGAUUCUGUGAAAGAAGCAUCCAGCCUUCCGGUUAAGCAUUUUGAUUUUUCGCUUGAGGACAAUAAUUUGGUCGAAAAUAAUAUACAAAAUUGUCAUGUUGUUGAUCCGAUCAAUGUUACUUAUGCUGGUAAACAGUAUGAAUCUUGUUCUAUAGCAGGUCAUACAUAUGAAAAGAUGAACGAAGUGCAAGAGAAGACUUUGGUAGAUGAAUUAGGCAAAAGAGUGAGUCAGGGUAAUGUUAGUUUGACAUCUAAUUCACCCCAGCAUGAGGUCAGAACAGUGAUUAGUGCUCAUACAUCUGAAGAAGGUAGUACUCCUUCAAGUAGGGUAUCGCUUAAUGAUCAUCUAGACCUAAAUAGCUGGCUUCCACCUGAAAUAUGCAGCAUAUAUAGAAAGAAAGGAAUCUCAAAGCUUUACAAUUGGCAGGUUGACUGCCUUCGGGUGAAUGGUGUCCUACAGAGAAGAAAUCUUGUUUAUUGUGCUUCUACGAGUGCUGGUAAGAGUUUUGUUGCUGAGAUUUUAAUGCUGCGGAGGGUGCUAACAACUGGAAAAAUGGCUCUACUUGUUCUACCAUAUGUAUCAAUUUGUGCAGAAAAGGCAGAACACAUUGAACGUCUUCUUGAACCACUUGGUAAACAUGUUCGUAGUUAUUAUGGAAACCAAGGUGGUGGAACACUUCCUAAAGAUACUUCUGUAGCUGUCUGCACAAUAGAGAAGGCAAACUCGUUAAUUAAUAGAUUAUUGGAAGAGGGUCGUCUGUCAGAAAUGGGAAUUAUUGUGAUUGAUGAACUGCAUAUGGUUGGUGAUGCAAGUAGGGGCUAUCUUCUAGAACUUAUGUUGACCAAGCUUCGUUAUGCAGCAGGGGAGGGUAUUUCAAAAUCAAGUGAUGGAGAAAGUUCAGGUGGAAGCAGUGAUAAGGCUGAUCCUGCACAAGGUCUGCAAAUUGUUGGAAUGAGUGCAACUAUGCCAAAUGUGGCAGCAGUUGCUGACUGGCUUCAAAACAUAUUCUCAUUGUUAUAUCUUAUAAAUCUGUUUGUCCCAAAUUGCAUUAAGGCAGCAUUAUACCAGACAGAGUUCCGGCCAGUUCCUCUAGAAGAAUAUAUAAAAGUUGGUAAUUCCAUUUAUAACAAGAAUAUGGAGCUCUCUAGAACAAUCUCAAAAGCAGCUAACCUUGGUAGUAAAGAUCCAGAUCAUGUUGUUGAAUUAUGCGAUGAGGUUGUUCAAGAGGGACAAUCAGUGUUAAUAUUUUGCUCUAGCCGGAAGGGUUGUGAAUCAACUGCAAGGCAUGUUGCAAAGUUCCUUAAAAGCUUUACUGUUGAUGCUAAUGAUAAUGAUUGUGAGUUUGCUGAUAUUACUUCUGCUAUUAACGCCUUGAGAAAGUGCCCUGCUGGGUUGGAUCCCAUAUUAGAGGAAACUCUUCCUUCUGGUGUUGCUUUUCACCAUGCUGGCCUUACGGUUGAGGAACGAGAGAUUGUUGAAACCUGUUAUCGGAAAGGCCUUUUACGUGUCUUAACUGCUACAUCAACCUUAGCAGCUGGGGUAAAUCUGCCAGCUAGGAGGGUAAUUUUCCGCCAACCUAGAAUUGGUUGCAAUUUUAUAGAUGGGACAAGGUACAAACAGAUGGCUGGUCGUGCUGGUCGAACUGGGAUUGAUACAAAAGGAGAAAGUAUACUUAUCUGCAAACCAGAAGAGAUAAAAAAAGUUACGGGACUUCUUAAUGAAAGCUGUCCUCCAUUAAAUUCCUGUUUAGCAGAAGAUAUGAAUGGAAUGACUCAUGCAAUCUUAGAAGUAGUGGCUGGAGGAAUAGUUCAAAGUGCUAGUGAUAUUCACCGGUAUGUUAGAUGUACUCUUUUGAAUUCAACAAAGCCAUUUCUAGAUGUGGUGAAAUCUGCGCAAGAAUCCCUUCGAUGGUUGUGCAAAAGAAAAUUUCUUGAAUGGAAUGAAGACACUAAACUCUACAGUACCACACCUCUUGGGCGUGCAGCUUUUGGAAGUUCUCUCUGUCCUGAAGAAUCACUUGUUGUGCUAGCUGAUCUUUCAAGGGCAAGGGAAGGAUUUGUACUUGCAUCUGACUUGCAUUUAGUUUAUUUGGUGACACCAAUCAAUGUUGAUGUUGAGCCUGAUUGGGAAUUGUACUACGAACAUUUUGUGAAAUUGUCUCCUCUUGACCAGGUUGGUUUAUGUUAAUCAGAAUUUACCCUUUCCUUUUGGCAAGAGAUGUCAUUAAACCUUCUUGGAUCGGUUGGUAAUCGAGUAGGUGUGACAGAACCAUUCUUGAUGCGUAUGGCACAUGGCGCACCAAUACGUGCUUCAAACAAGUCAAGAGAUAAUACAAGAUCGUUGCACAAUCAACAAAGAAAUCAACUUGGGAUUUCCAAUGCAACAGUUAACUCUGAUGAUCAAACACUGCGUGUCUGUAGAAGAUUCUAUGUUGCUCUCAUUUUGUCACUUUUGGUUCAGGAAACUCCUGUGGGUGAAGUUUGUGAAGCAUUUAAAGUUGCCAGAGGAAUGGUUCAGGGCUUGCAAGAGAAUGCUGGAAGGUUUGCAUCUAUGGUUGCUGUGUUUUGUGAGAGGCUUGGGUGGCAUGAUCUUGAAGGCUUAGUUGCUAAGUUUCAAAACCGUGUAUCGUUUGGAGUUAGAGCAGAGAUUGUGGAGCUUACCACCAUUCCCUAUGUCAAAGGUUCUCGAGCCAGAGCACUCUAUAAAGCUGGUUUACGUACACCUCUUGCAAUUGCUGAAGCAUCCAUUCCUGAAAUAGUAAAAACACUUUUUGAAUCUUCAUCAUGGGCCACAGAAGGUUCUGCACAAAGGAGCUUACAAUUUGGUGUAGCAAAAAAGAUAAAGAAUGGUGCUCGCAAGAUUGUUCUUGAUAAAGCGGAGGAGGCAAGGAUUGCUGCUUUCUCAGCCUUUAAGUCACUUGGAUACAGUGUCCCACCGUUUGCUCCUCCCAUGUUGUCUACUGCUUCUCAUGAUUCUAUCAGGCAAGAAGCUGGAAGUACUUCUGGAAGUGACACAGCUGACACUAGUCAUAGUCUCGUUGAUGCAAAUCACAUUGGUAAUUCAAAUAAGUUCGCUUUAGAAAAAGAAAGAGAGGACUUAGUAAAAUCAUCUGAUAAUAUUGCUCUGGCUUCUGUAGAAGGAAAAUCUAGCAGUGGGAUGCCAUGUAGCUUGUCUACUGUUCCAAUUUCAGGAUCUACAAAGGAUGAGGCCAAUGGGAAUUUUGACAAUACCAAUAAUCCAGAUGUGACCACCCUUGCUGUUCAGUUACAGAAACCAAAUGAUAAAUAUGGGGAACAUGAUGGGUGCCAGGCUCAUUGUACAGAGGAACAACAUAUGAAUGGAAAUCAGACUAGUGGUAAUGCUGGUAAUUCCAGCCAGAAAGGUCCCAUUAAUGUGGUUAGUAGUCCUGGUGGACUUGAUUCAUUUUUGGAUCUGUGGGACACUAUGCCAGAGUUCUACUUUGAUAUCCAUUACAUCAAACGGUUGGAAUUGCACUCUGCUGCCCCUUUCGAAGUACAUGGCAUAGCUGUCUGUUGGGAAAACUCUCCUGUGUACUAUGUUAAUCUUCCCAGAGAUAUUUUAUUGUCUGAGUCUGACAAUAGAAAAGAUGACUGUUUAUCGUUCAGUGCAGGCAGUUAUAAGAAGAAAAUUUCAUCUUCUAAUUCUAAGCAAGAUUUGGAGAUAGCUAGAUAUAGAUGGAUCAGAAUUAGUAAAAUAAUAGGAAAAAGAAAUGUCAGAAAGUUCACCUGGAAUUUGAAGAUUCAGAUUCAGGUUCUGAGCAAGCCUGCAUUUCCAGUUCAGAGAUUUGGUUGCUUGGAUGCUCUUGGAAAAAAUAUGGACCUUGAAAUUGUAGACAAUUCUUAUGUGUUAUUGCCCCCUAUCCAUGUGAAAGAUGCAAUUGAUAUGUGCAUUGUGGCUUGGAUUCUUUGGCCUGAUGAAGAGAGGAGCUCUAAUCCAAACCUGGAUAAGGAGGUAAAGAAGAGGUUAUCCUCAGAGGAUGCUGCAGCAGCCAAUCAAAGUGGCAGGUGGAGGAAUCAGAUGCGAAGAGCUGCUCACAAUGGUUGCUGCCGUCGGGUUGCUCAAACACGAGCAUUAUGUUCUGUUCUUUGGAAAUUACUUGUUUCUGAGGAGCUUGUUCAAGUGCUUAUGGGAAUUGAAAUCCCAUUGGUGAAUAUUCUUGCUGACAUGGAGCUUUGGGGAAUUGGUGUUGAUUUGGAGAGAUGCAUCCAGGCUCGUAAAUUGUUGGUGAAAAGGCUAAAACAUCUUGAGAAGGAAGCUUAUAAAUUGGCUGGGAUGACGUUUUCAUUACAUAUGCCAGCAGAUAUUGCAAAGGUGUUGUAUGAACACUUGAAGCUUCCCAUACCUGGUGGGCGAAAUAAGGGAAAACAACAUCCAAGUACUGACAAGCACUGUUUGGAUGCACUGAGGCAUCAACAUCCCAUUGUUCCAGUAAUUAAAGAACAUCGAACAGUGGCAAAGCUGUUGAACUCUACACUAGGAUCAAUAUGUUCUCUGGCUAGGCUAUCUAUAAGCACACAGAAAUACACAUUACAUGGCCAUUGGCUCCAGACAUCCACUGCAACUGGCCGGCUCUCAAUGGAGGAACCUAAUCUUCAGUGUGUUGAGCAUACAGUAGACAUCAAAAUGAAAGAGGAUAAAGAUGAAGGUGAUGCUGAUGAGAGUUAUUUUAGAAUUAAUGCUCGUGAUUUCUUUGUUCCUACUCAGGAUAAUUGGUUACUGUUGACAGCAGAUUAUUCUCAGAUAGAGUUGAGGUUGAUGGCACACUUCUCUAAAGACUCUUCACUCAUUGAACUUCUCAGUAAGCCUGGUGGUGAUGUCUUUACAAUGAUGGCAGCAAAAUGGAUUGGGUGUCCUGAGGUUUCUGUGGGUUCUCAGGAGAGAGAUCAGACCAAAAGGAUGGUGUAUGGCAUUCUUUAUGGUAUGGGUGCCAAUAGCCUUGCAGAACAACUGGAUUGCACUUCUGAUGAAGCUGCUGAAAAGAUUGCUAAUUUCAAAAGCUCUUUUCCUGGUGUUGCUUCCUGGCUUCGUGCCGCUGUUGCAUCUUGUCGUACUAAAGGAUACGUGGAGACUCUCAAGGGAAGAAAACGGUUUUUGUCAAAAAUAAAAUUUGGCAGCAGUACAGAAAAGUCAAAAGCUCAGAGACAAGCUGUGAAUUCCAUUUGUCAGGGAUCUGCUGCCGACAUAAUAAAGAUUGCAAUGAUAAGAAUUUACUCUGUAAUUGUCACUGGAGUGGAUAGCCUGGAUUCCAGUUCUUCAGUAGCAACCAAGUUCCACAUGCUUAAAGAUCGUUGCCGGAUUCUGUUACAGGUACACGAUGAAUUAGUGCUGGAAGUUGAUCCUUCUGUGAUAAAAGAAGCUACCCUACUGUUACAGACAAGCAUGGAGAAUGCAGUCUCACUUGUUGGUUUGUAUUUUUAUUUUUUAUUUUUUUAGGGGGUGGGGUGGGGUGGAGUGAAGGUUGGCAAGAUUAGAGUUCUGCUUAUAUGGUGAUAUCACCUAUUCAGGAUUUACAUUUAUGCUUCUGCAGUUCCUUUGCAUGUCAAACUUAAGGUUGGAAGAACAUGGGGAUCUUUGGAGCCAUUUGCACCUGACAAAUUCGAGGAUGACACUUAUCGCUGAAUCCUGAAGCACAAAGGCUAGCAGUAGCAGAUUUUUUCUCAUGACCCCAGAAGAUAGUAUUUGGUGAUGUUGGCUGGUGAUUCACCAUAAUUGAUUGGGAGAGUUGGAGGGAAGGGAAUCAAGAGUGCCCAAUGACAGAAUUAUUGUGACGAGGCUAGCGGUGUAUAAUAUCUGUAGUUCUUGCUGGGUAAAAAGCAAAAUGAGUUUCAAUGCCUAGCAGGUGGCAGCACUGCUAUCAUUCAUUUCCCCAAUUUUUUAUAGGAUAGGAAUACACAAAUUUUGUCGAUUUGUAUAUAUAUUCAAUUCAAACAUCGGGGUGCGGGCUGAGCUGUGAAGAAAAAUGACCAGCGUGGUCAU